ACAACGUAUUCUAUCGGGUAUGGCGUUGUACCAGAAAGUCUUCCUGUUUUUGUUUCUUUUGCGUGUGUGUGUUUUUUGUUUCAGGAACUUGCAAUCGAGCCAAGGGAGAUCAAUUUAUUAAGUAAUUUGAGAGCUGCGUUAGAUCCAGUUCUUCAUAGGAAUAUUGUUAGUAUUGUAAAGUAUCAUCUUGGUCAUGGCGAAGUGGAAGAAGAUCUACCGGAGCCUUGUUAUCGUUUUCUGGGUUAUUAAUGCUUCUGGCUACCCAGUUAGAGAAGAAAGGAGGGAUCGGGAUGGAUGGAGAGGCUGCCAACCCCCUUGUGGAUUUUCGUCAAUCCAAAGGCGAACCCAGAUAGUGUGUGACCCAAGAGAAAGCUUGUGUAGGCCUACCAGACAUUUCUUCCGAAUGCCAAUCAGGUGCCGGACAAGACCGGCCUGUCCUAUUACCAGGGCCCAGAGAUACGAACCUGUACCAUGGAUCCCUGAUCGCAGGAGCUCAUUCCCAUCUGUCAGCUUGACAGAAGAACUCCAAAGAUCGGAAAAUGCUCCCGAAGAGAGGUCGUUCUAUUCUGUUGACGAGACCCCCUUUCUUUCCAUUAGCUCUUCGGUAUACAUGUCAGAAGAGCCAGUACGACCAAGUGAUGUCAUCCAAACUACCACAAGUGAACCCAAAGAGAACCCAUUCUAUCCUGAUGAUGAAAGAUCUUUCAGUUCCGUCAGCUCGUUGGAAGAGCCUGCUCGACCAAGAGAGGUAAUCCAAACUACCACAAGUGAACCCAAAGAGAACCCAUUCUAUCCUGAUGAUGAAAGAUCUUUCAGUUUCGUCAGCUCGUUGGAAGAGCCUGCUCGACCAAGAGAGGUCAUCAAAACUACCACAAGUGCAUCCAAAGAGAACCCAUUCUAUCCUGAUGAUGAAAGAUCUUUCAGUUUCGUCAGCUCGUUGGAAGAGCCUGCUCGACCAAGAGAGGUAAUCCAAACUACCACAAGUGAACCCAAAGAGAACCCAUUCUAUCCUGAUGAUGAAAGAUCUUUCAGUUUCGUCAGCUCGUUGGAAGAGCCUGCUCGACCAAGAGAGGUCAUUCAAACUACCACAAGUGAACCCAAAGAGAACCCAUUCUAUCCUGAUGAUGAAAGAUCUUUCAGUUCCGUUAGCUCGUUGGAAGAGCCUGCUCGACCAAGAGAGGUCAUUCAAACUACCACAAGUGCACCCAAAGAGAACCCAUUCUAUCCUGAUGAUGAAAGAUCUUUCAGUUCCGUCAGCUCGUUGGAAGAGCCUGCUCGACCAAGAGAGGUAAUCCAAACUACCACAAGUGAACCCAAAGAGAACCCAUUCUAUCCUGAUGAUGAAAGAUCUUUCAGUUUCGUCAGCUCGUUGGAAGAGCCUGCUCGACCAAGAGAGGUCAUCAAAACUACCACAAGUGCACCCAAAGAGAACCCAUUCUAUCCUGAUGAUGAAAGAUCUUUCAGUUUCGUCAGCUCGUUGGAAGAGCCUGCUCGACCAAGAGAGGUAAUCCAAACUACCACAAGUGAACCCAAAGAGAACCCAUUCUAUCCUGAUGAUGAAAGAUCUUUCAGUUUCGUCAGCUCGUUGGAAGAGCCUGCUCGACCAAGAGAGGUCAUCAAAACUACCACAAGUGAACCCAAAGAGAACCCAUUCUAUCCUGAUGAUGAAAGAUCUUUCAGUUUCGUCAGCUCGUUGGGAGAGCCUGCUCGACCAAGAGAGGUCAUCAAAACUACCACAAGUGCACCCAAAGAGAAACCAUUUUAUCCUGUAGAUGAUACUUCUUUCAGUUCCGUCAGCUCGUUGGAAGAGCCUGCUCGACCAAGAGAGGUCAUUCAAACUAUAACAAGUGCAUCCAAAGAGAAUCCAUUCUAUCCUGAGGAUGACAGUUCUUUCAUUUCCGCCAAUUCAUUAGAAGAGUCUGUACGACCAAGGGAAGUCAUCCAAACUACCGCAAAUGCACUCGAAGAGAACUCAUUCUCUUCCAUAAGCUCUUCUGAAGUUCCACCAGAGCCAAAACCGCAAGAUAGCUUCACCUCGAGCAGCAGCAGUCCUGGAGAUUGUGGCGACGGCUUGAAAACUUCGGUUAAUGUCAGCUCGGAUUCUACCCAAGAACUUCCGAUGAACAACCCACAGAUUGGUAGACCAGAUGGAGAGAAUGAAGAAACUAGUUCUUACCGAGACAUCCAGAGUGAUGUCUACCAGAUCCAAAGCCUACCCAAUAACAUAGAAAACCACACUGGUUUGGGAUCCCCAGAAGGCAAUGGGAAUAUCAUGAGUGGAGAAGAUUCGGAUAAAACGAUCCUCGUCAGAAAUUCAGAAACUAAUGCUACCCGAACAGGAGGAAAUACCAUUGUUUCAGCGGCAGGAUUUCAUUGGUAGAUCUUAAGUGCCUUUAGAAGCUUUCCCGGCAAAGCAUUCAAAUUCUUACUUUUUUUAGAUUGUUCUUUGGGCCUGAUGUUGCCAUCAUAAAAUGAUGAAAAGUGGCACAUAAAAGCCACGUAAUAAACCAUAAUUAAAUCAAAAGUACAAGGUUUUAGAUCAAGCUAAUUAAAUAAUCACAAAUGCUUGUCAGUGAAUUUGAAAACCACCUUGAUGGUUUAUCUCCAAUGACCUUUUACUGCUCAUGCGUAGCUACAACUGUGAAAGGGCUUAUUGGAGAAUGGACGAAUACUGCAUUAUGGGCAGUCAAACUACCUUGAUAUUUAACCCAGUGUAUGUAAUGCCAACCUACUACAUGUAUAUAUGUUUGGCCAGUCAUUUUCUCUUUAAAUCCCAUUUCUUGAAAUCAUGCAUUAAGAAUUACAUUUUGGUAACAACACAAAAUAUCAAGAAUCAAAAUUUGAUGUUAGGUGCACUUGACCAAUUCAUCAAAUCCACCCAUUGUACAGUAACAACAGAUUCAAGCAAAACAAUAUACAAGCUUAAUAUUUACAUAAUUGGUUUAAUGUUCCUUUUCAUUGAUGCAAUGGUAAACCAAUAGCAUAGCUUGAUCAUUUCAAUUGCACUUCAUGUACACAUAUACAAGUACUCCUAAUAUAUAAAAUGCAUUGAUGUAAUUAUAAUAAAUAAUGUAACCUGGUACAAAAAUUUUAUU